GGAUUUGCGUGCGCAAGCGGGAGUGCUGAUGACCGGGUUGGUGUGAUUGGUCACCUCUGCGUACGAGAGGAUGGCGGACAGCGCGCCUUUAAACUGCUGCGGCCAGAGGGCACGGCGUUCAGAUCACACAGCUGUUAAGGACCGAGUUACAACGAGGAGACCCGGAGCGAACCGAACCCUGCAAACCGGAGAGGAACUAAGAGAGGAACAGGAGAGGGGAGACAGUCAUGACUUUGCCAACUGUGCGACAACUUUUUCUUUUGUGUUUGUUCUGGUUUCUUGGACCUUGGAGCACGACAGAUGCCAGUCCUUUCGAUCAGUGGGAAGAUGGGAUAGUGUUAAGAAAGGUGCGAGGCAUCCAAAGUGAUGAUUUGAGUGAUGUUUUGUGGAGAGAGCAGAAUGAGGAGCAAGUCCAGAAUGUUUUCAAAAGAUUCCUGUUUCAUUAUUCUAAAGCACGCAACUCUGUUGGAGCUGUACAGCAUGAGUCUCACUCAGUUCAUCCUUUGAUGCGACUUUCCCCAAAACUUUCCCAGAGGAGAAAUAAGAAGGUGGUACUUUUGAAAAUUCGAGGUCUCCCAGAGGGGAUGUUGUAGAAAAUGUACCAGAGCAAAAAAGGAAAUCAGGCUCAAGAGAAGAGGAGCAGUGGGCAGCUGACUGGCGGAGCGACACACAGCUUCUCUGACUUGUCUAUAUAGACAGAAACAUGACUUUUUGUUAACAGAAAAUAAAUUAUUGUACAGAUGAAAAAAAAACAACCCUCAAACUGCACCACCAUGGCUGCCAUGUGUCUUCCUGCUUCAAAAUGUCAAUCAGUGUCAAUGUUAACUGCCAAGCACAAAUCUGACAUGUUGCACUGUUACACAAGACAGGGGGGGCACAAAAUACAAGCAAAACACUUUCUCUCUCUUAAGAAAGACCUUUAUAAUCAACACAGAUUCCAAAGAGAAAAUGCAAAUUCAUGAAAAAAAAACGGGCACAGAUUAUUGUGGCAAAGAGGUGAACUCACAUUUAAUUUUACAGAUUUAAAUGUACAUGUACAUUUUGUGAUAUAAUUAUUAUGAAACAUAAUAAAAAAAAGUUCGAAUUUGA